AUGCCGCAGGCCUAUGCCCCAGUGCAGGAUUCUAUCCCCGAGGAAGACCUUGACUUCUCUUCCGAUGAUGACAGCAAUUUCCGACUUCAUCGCGUAGAUCGGCCUGCCUCGAGCUCAAACUCCCCCAAAGAAAACGACGACGGCGAACCGUCCAUCCUCGCUCCUCUCGUUCGCAAAUCCGCCGAUUUCGAAACUUACCUAGACUCCCUCACCGAGGACGAACAACAGUUGCUUACCGCAUCGAAAGAAUAUGAAUUAGAUGACUUAGACAUAUAUGGGAACGGCAAAGCCGCUGCUCGCCGGCGGCUUUCUGAGGCGAAGAAAAAGAGGAAGCAAUUGGUGAAACCCGGUGGUUGGCGCGCAGUUUACUAUUCCAAAACUUGGUGGCGCACGCUGGUCGUCGUCAUCAUUGCCCUGGGGCUGUUGGUUUGGGGUUUCUUGACAUAUGCUGCGUCUAGCGGUGAUGAUUGGGGCGAAUAUGACAUGCCGGGGCCGGACUCGUACUUCCCUACGCCCAAGGGAGGGACUCUGCAAGGCUGGGCCGCCAGCUACGAAAAGGCGGCAAGGCUAGUUGAGCAAAUGACAUUAAUCGAGAAGGUCAAUAUCACUACGGGAACCGGUUGGCAAAUGGGAAUGUGCGUUGGGAAUACGGGCCCUGUCGAACGCCUCCGCUUCCCGUCGUUAUGUCUACAGGACGGCCCUCUCGGAAUCCGUUUCGCAGAUCAUAUCUCUGCUUUCCCGGCUGGUAUUACGACAGGGGCCACCUGGAAUCGGGAUCUGAUACGGCAACGUGGUGAAGCGAUUGGGCUGGAAUCCCGGUUGAAGGGUGUGAACGUCAUUCUCGGUCCAUCUAUGGGACCUCUUGGCAUGAUGCCCGCAGGUGGCCGCAACUGGGAAGGCUUUGGGUCGGACCCUGUUCUUCAGGCUGUCGCUGCGGCAGAAACCAUCCGGGGCAUCCAAAGCAAUGGAGUUAUGGCCACGGCCAAACACUAUGUCAUGAACGAGCAGGAGCACUUCCGCCAGCCGAACGAAUGGGGCAUCCCACACGCUAUCUCUUCCAAUAUCGGAGACCGCGCCUUGCACGAGGUAUUUCUCUGGCCGUUCGCCGAGAGUAUCCGUGCGGACGUGGCUAGCGUUAUGUGCUCUUACAACCAAGUGAACAACAGCCAUGCAUGCGAAAACAGCAAACUCCUCAAUGGUGUGCUCAAGGAUGAACUUGGCUUUCAAGGAUUUCUGCAGUCAGAUUGGCUCGCUCAGCGAUCAGGUGUCAACAGCGCGCUCAGCGGUCUCGACAUGAGCAUGCCUGGUGAUGGCCUUUACUGGGCUGACGGCCGGUCUCUCUGGGGUCCCGAACUAACUCGCUCGGCUCUCAACACCUCUGUUCCGAUGGAACGUUUGGACGACAUGGUGACGCGUAUUGUCGCCGCCUGGUAUCAAUUAGGCCAAGAUUCUUGGGAAAGUCCGCCCCCUGAGGGUGAUGGUGGUCCCAACUUCUCAUCUUGGACUGAUGAAGAGUAUGGUCUUCGGUUUCCCGGUAGUCCAAGUGACGAUUCCGCCGCUCUCGUGAACCGCUUCAUAGACGCCCAGGGUAGUGGAGAUGAUGCUCACUCGAACAUUACUCGGAAAGUCGCGGCAGAGGGCAUUGUUCUGGUGAAGAAUAACGACGGGGUGUUACCUCUGUCUCGUUCGCCAGAGGCUAAUACUGAUAGACCUUAUCGUGUUGGCGUAUAUGGGGACAGUGCUUCUCCCGCUGAUGGACCCAAUGUGUGCGCAGACCGAGGUUGCAACUAUGGAACUCUUGCGAUGGGUUGGGGUAGCGGCACUGUCGAGUUUCCAUAUCUUGUUAGCCCAAUUGAUGCCCUGGGUACUGCAUGGCAGAGCGAUGUUGAGAUGACGUCGUAUUUACGGAAUGCUGUGAUGCCAGUAGAUACAUCAGACAAGGAUCUCUGCCUUGUCUUCGUCAGCGCCGACUCUGGCGAAGGGUAUAUCUCCGCCGGUGGCAUCCACGGCGACCGUCCCAACCUCUUCCUCCAGAAAGGGGGUGACACUUUGAUCGACACCGUCGGCAAAAACUGCGGGGGACCAACCGUUGUUAUUGUGCACUCCGUAGGCCCUGUUUUGGUUGACCCCUGGAUCGAUCUGCCUGGUGUAGACGCGGUCCUAUUCGCUCACUUACCAGGCCAGGAAAGCGGCAAUGCUCUUCUUGACGUCCUCUUCGGUGAUGUCGACGCUAGCGGCCGUCUCCCGUACACCGUGGGCAAAAGCCUGGAAGACUAUGGCCCCAAUGCACAAGUCUUAUACGAAGCCAAUGCCCCAGUCCCACAAGCCGAUUUCACCGACGCCCUCUACAUCGACCACCGCUACUUCGACCGCUACAACAUCACUCCGCGGUACGAGUUCGGCUUCGGCCUCUCCUACACAAGCUGGGAAUUAUCCAACAUGAAAAUCAGCUCCGUCGGCGGCAAACGAACACGUCUCCCCGCAGCGCGUCCCGCAGAUGCUGUUCAACCGCCCACAUACGAUCCAAAUCCACCACCCGCCAACGAGUCCGUCCUCUUCCCAGAGGGCUUCCGCAUUCUUGAAAAAUACGUCUAUCCCUACCUUCCCACCCUGGAUGCAACGACGCCUCCUCCCCCACCAGAACAUCCAAAAGGCGAAAACGACGACAUCCUCGAUGACAACAAGAACAACAAGAACUUUGAAAAGGCCCGAAAAACUAAACCCUCCGACGCUGGCGGCGGCCUAGGCGGCAACCCCUCCCUCUACGAGGAACUCGCCCGCGUUGACCUAACAAUCCAAAACACCGGCCGCCGCGCCGGCCAACAAGUCAUCCAACUCUACGUCUCAUUCCCCGACUCCGUGACCGAAACCGAAAAGCCCAAAAGAACCACCCACCACAUCGAGUUUCCGGACCGCGUCCUCCGAAACUUCACCAAGGUCGACUUGGAACCGGGGCUGAUGACCAGCGUAAACAUGACAGUGACUCGGAAGGAUCUGAGUUACUGGAGUGUGCGCGAGCAGAACUGGGUCAUGCCCCAGGACGAGUUCUAUUUCUGGGUUGGGUUUAGUUCGCGCGAUUUGCCCCUCGGGAAACCGUUCGAGGUAUAG